GCUCCGCCCCGCCAGGGAGCGCCCCAGCCCAGGGGAUCGGGAGCCGGCAAACCCCGCCCCCGGGCCCCGCUUCCCGCCGCGGCAGGAAGGAAGGAGGAAGGACGAGCGGGUCCCGGCGCCGGUGCUGCCCGCCCGGACCCACAUUUACGUUGAUCAUUGGAGCAAACUCCACAGGUGAUGGAGGACUCACUGCACGAAGACUCUCACCCAUGGUAUAAUCAACAAGUAUAUGCAAGAUACUGGAAGCAUUACAACCAAGCCAUGCACUGGAUGUACAAGCACAAAAAUGCCUACAGGAAAGCCAUGGAGUCCUUUCAUCAUCUGUCAUGGUAUCCAUCCAAAACCUUUCCUACAGGCCGUUACUCGGAUUGGGAUGGAGGCAACCCAUCGGAUGCUGACGACUAUUCUACCUACACUCCAAACAGCAGAGCACGUUACCCUUCCUGGCCCCAGCAAUACCCAGAUGCCCACUGCAGUACCAGAGUGACCAAGAAUAUGGGCAGGGAUUCUGAAAUGGAGAAGGAUUCUGAGUCUGAAGAGGAGAUAGAAUGCGAUCUGAGCAACAUGGAGAUCACAGAAGAGCUCCGCCAGUAUUUUGCACAGACAGAGGCGCACAGGCAGGAGUUACGAAAGCAGCAGGAGCUUGACGCCGAGCACCAGGACAUGUAUGUCGAAGCUGAUCAUGACCUGCACCUAACAACACGACGUUCGGUACAACCCCCUGCAGAAAGACCCGGGGAGAGACGUAUGGCUGAAAUGAAGAAACUCUACGGUGUGGGUGCUGCCAAAAUCCAAGCCAUGGAGACUGCCAUGCAACUUGCCUUUGAUAGGAACUGUGAUAAAAAGCAGCCCAAGUACUGGCCUGUUAUCCCUCUGAAACUGUGAGGGAUAUCUUCUGUACUAGCAGUCCUGCGCUGCAGCUGUGGGUGCCCAGUCGGGCUACACAGCUCAAUGAAUGAAUCCGGGGUCAUCACUUAUUCUCCUUCCCACCCUGCCAAGCACACUCCCCCCUCUUCUUUUUAAUCUGUCUACCAGAGUUUUCAGAACCUAUAGCAUCUCCACAGAGAAGUGCUAAAUUCUUGAUUUGUAGUGUAGGGGUAGUGAAAUUUUACUACUUUUUAAAAUAUAUAUUUUCACUAAUUUAAUGUUGAUCUGCCUUGACCGUGCUUGCAGGAAAUGAAAUAGCAUUUGUUUGAACUUAGUGAGCUGGGAAGACUGUUCAGCAACACUAAAAUCUCUACAAAUGGUCCACUUAUUUAUUAUUUUAGUAGCCUUGAGAUCGACUUUAACACAGUACAGCUUGAAGUGUUGUGAACUCUGAACUCUCAUCCUUGAUUUGGGGAUCCUGCAGUCAAUUAGCCAGGGUACAAAAUACUAAAUUACUGUAGCACAGCCAUUUGAAUGCUUUUUGAAAGCUUUAUAAUAAGGCAGGAAUUUUUUUAUUCCAGUCUCAAACUUGGCAGGCAGAAUUUCAACUCAGAAGCAAACUUAUAUGAAAACAUGAAAAAAGAAAUUUUGGCCAUUUUUAUUAUACAACUGUUUGGUUUAAUUUUUCUUUUCUUUAUGUAUCAAAUCAAUUAGACAUUUUUGCUACCAUGCCAGUGGCGAGGCUUAGGUUCCCGUUCUGUCACCCUUCACUCAUAUUGGGUAGCACCUUCCUCAACUAAUAAUUCCACUGAUUUGUGAACGUACUGAGUAAGCAAUACUCACUAUGAAUAAAGGAGGCAGAAUUGAGCCCUUAAUGUUGAAAAGUGAGUACUCUGGAUAUGUAAUAGUGAAAAUCCUUCUGAAAGGCAGCUAUGUGUCACUAUUGUAUACUUAAUUUGCACCAAAAUAAGUCUGCGCCCAGUCAAAGUAAUAUGGACUUCAAACAUUUUUCUGUAGAAAGAGUUGUAUAAAGAAUAUGAUGAUUAAAUGGCCUCUCUGUGUAAUAUGCAAUAUGUUCAUGCUACAUCGUAAGUGGUUGCAAAGAAACAUAUUAGUAUCUUAACUGUCAUAAACACGGGUGACCCGUUUUUGGGUUGGAGAAGGCUGAGGCUGAAGUUCCAACAGUUUAAUUUGCUCUAGCUACGUCCUGUACUUGCCUAUAUGGUCUAGCUGUUGUAGCAUGUGUGGCAUAUAAUAGACCACAUUAAUCUCUCUGCCCUUUGCUGUAUCUAGGUAGACUAAAACAAAUUUCAGAUUUAACUUUGAAUGUCCUUGUUUUUAUCACUUGGUGUUACAGCUUCUUCAAAAGUACUUCUUUUUUUUUUUUUUUUUUUUUUUCAUUCUGAACCCACUUCAUUUUAGCAUAAUGUGAAGCGGUAAGAUUGAACUCCUUGCAAUUAAAAGCUUCCAGACUCCCAAGACUCAUUACUGAUCUAAUUGAACUAACAAGCUCGUACACAGGGGAAAAAAAUAAGUCGGGGUUGUGAAAUGUAAUCCUGCAUUCGGUGUACUGAAAUUUUGUCAUGUCAUGUUAGCGAUCGACUAUGAAAUGUCAGGAAUUAGUGUUUUUGUUAGGAUCGCUCUUGGUUGACAGAAUAAACUUUUAUCUUCUCAUAAAAA